AAACCGGAUACAAAAGUCCAGACCCAACUGUUGCAGUUCAAUCCAAUUAGUUUUGAAAUUUUUGUCAUUUUUUGAACGGAAAUCAAACAAAAAAUUAAACAAAUUUCUAUUGAUUUUGGGAAAUUCCGUUACCCCAAUUUUUAAUAAAUUCCAAAAUGUACACUUCCGAUCCAAAGAAACGCCCAGCUCAAGUUAUGCUUAAAUCUACAAUAAAUUCAAGAAAACCACUAAAUCUGCAAAUGCCUACUGUUGUGGACUCCAAAAUGUUAAAUAGAGAAAAUGGUUUUACUCUUCCAAUACAAAUUAAUAACCCCAAUCUUAGCAAGUCUAAAUUCACCAUUUUAAGAAACCCCAAAGAUCCAACGGCUGCAUCAAAUGCUAAACAAAAAACAAUAACAAGAAGGGAAAAUAAAAAAUCCGAAACUAGCGAAAAAUCAAAUAUUCCAGUAAUUUCCCGAACUAAAUCUAAACCCGUUAGUAAAGUUCUAAUGACUUCUUUAAAUAAGCGAGUAGAUAAACGUAAUAUAAAACAACUGCCGGUACCACAAGAAAUUGUAUUUGAUGAACCUUUUAAGGAAAAUGCACGUGAAAUCACUGAAAUGGCCAUACAGACAAAUGAACAUGAAAUUUUAAAUCACGCUUUAAUAGUAGGUGAUCUAAAGAUAGUGGUACCCUCUAAAUCUAUAACGGAUGAAAUUGAUAAAUUACGAAAGGAAAUUGAAAUUAAAAAUCUCUUAAAGGCAACCCGUAAGUUUGAAGAACAUUCUCUAAGAGAUGAGCAGCAUUUAGAUGAUUUAAAAGAAUUUCUUGAUAAAAAUUAUGUUACACGAAAACCUCACAAGUUUGGAGAUAAUGGUUUAGAAGAAGAUCGCAGAAUUAUUGAUUCAAUGGACGAAUUGUUGAAACGUGAAAGACCUAAAACGGAAUCAAUCACCGAUAUUAGAAGUCGUAUUAAACAUAAAGAACAGGAGCUUUUAAGCUUAUUUGAUCAUUUUCAAAAGAAAACAGAACUUUUUGCUAACAUUAAUGUUUGAGAUGUUUUCCUUGUUCUUUUAUAAGGAGUAAACCAUUUUGUUGAUUUCAUUAUUUUUAUGUUUUAUUAUUAUUUUGUUUUGAUAUUAUUUAUAAAAUUAAAUUUGAAUUGAAUAACU